AUGCACUUUUAUGCUUUGAUUGCGGUGCUAAUUUCGUUACAACAUUUCAACCCUUCUCUAUCCCUUGGAUUCGAUAAUAAAGUUUCUUCAGGAGUAGCACUUGGCCACGAUGAUGCUUCUGGUGCGGCGGUGAGGUGCAUAGAGAGGGAAAGGGAAGCACUCCUUGCUUUCAAACAAGGCCUCGUGGAUGAAUACAACCAACUCACUUCUUGGGGAUCUCCUGAUUGUUGCACAUGGGAAGGAGUUUUCUGCAGCAACCAAACCAAAGGUGAUCAUGUUAUCAAACUUGAUCUUCUAGUAUAUGAUUUGCAAGAUAAGACGAUAAGCCCUAAACUGAUUGAGUUGCAGCAUUUGAAAUAUUUGAGCCUCUAUGGAAUUGACUUCAAUGGGAGCCAAAUUCCAGAUUUCAUUGGUUCCCUAUCCAAUUUAAGAUACCUCGAUCUCUCUGACGCUUCUUUUGGUGGUCGAAUUCCAAGUCAGCUUGGAAACCUUUCACACUUCCUACAACUCAAUCUUGCCUACAACCACUUUGCUACUAAUGUUGUGCAAAAUCUCAAUUCUUGGCUCCCUCGUCUUUCUUCAUUAACACAUUUGGAUUUGAGUUAUAACAAUCUCAAUAACACUUAUGACUGGCUCGAAACAAUUAAUAAGCUCCCUAAGCUAAGGGACUUUUCAUUAAGGGAUUGUUCUCUUCAUUCUCCUCCAAUGCCUUCCACUCUCUUUACCACAAAUUCUUCUUCUUCUAUAUAUCUUGCUCAUGGUGAUUUCAGUUUGGACCGUCUCACAUCUUCGAUAUUCGUAUGGUUGUCAACCUACAGUACAAGCCUUGUUUAUCUUGACCUCAUUGGCAACAAUUUAACUGGUCCAAUUCCUGGUGUUAUCGGAAACUUGACCUCGCUUUCCUAUCUUGAUCUCUCUUUUAACCAAAUUGAAGGAUGGAAUCCGCAUUCUUUUGCUAGGUUAUGUAGUUUGCGAUCGUUGGUCCUCAGGAGCAACAGACUGAAUGGACAAUUUUCCCAGUUGGUUCAAAUAUUAAUGUCUGCAUGCGCUCAAAACUCAUUAAAGUUUCUGGACCUCUCUUACAAUCAUCUAGUCGGGCCAUUUCCUAAUCUUAUAAAGUUUUUGUCGUUGAAAGAUUUAGAUCUCUCUGGCAAUCAAGUAAGUGGAAUAAUUCCUGAAACUAUUGGGAAAAUGUCUAAGCUCGAGAGUAUCGACCUUAGUAUGAAUCAUUUGGGAGGGGUGAUUUCCGAAAGCCAUUUCUCACGACUUGCCAGAUUGAAAUAUUUGGAUUUGUCCUUUAACUCUCUAGUUUUAAACUUCCAUUCAGAUUGGAUUUCUCCUUUCCAAUUGGAUUAUAUAAUUCUAGGUUCUUGCAAGGGAGGAAUGUCUCCUAAUUUGGCCUUCAUGAAUCUCUCACACAAUCAAAUUGGAGGAACAAUACUUGCAAAUUUGACAUUGGAGUUUGCAUAUUCCCCUCAAUUACAUUUGAGUUCCAACAAAUUGGAAGGUCCAAUCCCCUCAUUUCUAUCACAAGCGUCAUUCCUCGAUCUCUCAAAUAAUAAUUUUUCCGGGCCAAUUACUUGGUUGCGUGCACCUACCGCAACAAGUUUAACCUUUCUUAAUCUCUCAAGUAACAAUCUCUAUGGACAACUUCCAGAUUUCUUGACAUAUUUGGACAAUAUGGUCAUGCUCGAUUUGAGUUACAAUGCUCUUUCUGGGAAAAUUCCUGCCACAAUAGGCUCCUUAUUUCGGAUGGAAACGCUGAAGUUAAGAAGCAACAGGUUUGUGGGAGAAUUGCCUUCAUCGUUGAAGAACUGCACAGGUUUAAGAGUUAUUGAUCUUGGAAAUAACACAUUAUCAGGACCUAUACCAAAAUGGUUAGGAGUUAGUUUUCAGGAUUUGGUUAUCCUAAUGCUUUCAUCAAAUCAAUUCAAUGGAAGCAUGCCAUCACAGUUAUGUCGUCUAUCACGCAUUCAGAUUUUGGAUUUCUCUAUGAACAACAUCUCGGGAGGUAUACCCAAGUGCUUCAAUAAUUUGACUACUCUAGCUCAGAAAGGAAAUCCAAAUAUGAAGAUCACACAUUAUUACGAAGCGCCCGAGAUUUCAGAUGAGUAUGAGGAUGAUGCGGCCUUCAUAUGGAAGGGAAGCAUGCAAGUAUACAGAAACACUUUGGGGCUUAUGAAGAGAAUUGAUUUCUCAAGCAACAGAUUAAUCGGGGAGAUACCAAAAGAAAUCAGUCACAUAACUCCAGACAUUGGAAAGUUGCAGUCAUUGGAUGCCCUUGAUUUGUCAAGAAACCAGUUAGAUGGAAGAAUUCCGACAAGCCUUGCUCGAAUAGAUCGUCUUGGUGUCUUGGACUUGUCAUAUAACAACUUGUUUGGCGAAAUUCCCAUCGGAACUCAGCUCCAAAGCUUUGAUCCCUCUACUUACGCUGGAAACCCUCAGCUGUGUGGACCUCCGCUUCAAAAGCCGUGUAUUCCGGGGAAAACAGAUCGUCCAUAUGAGAACAUUGGGAUGAGAAAAGAAGAAGAGAAGGAUGAGCUUAUAAGUGUUGUGCUAAGAUAG